AUGGGAGCAACAGCAUCAAUACCCGAUACGAUUGAUACUGAUGAAAUUACUGUGACUACAGGUCUUUCAAAACGACAAAUAAGUUCUCUAUGGACUCGUUUUUAUGAACUCGAUCGAGAUGGUCGUGGUAAUGGUCAAGGAUAUAAAGGAUUUCUUGAUGCCGAUGAUUUAAGACGUGUACCGAAAUUUAGUGAAAAUCCAAUGGCAUCACGAUUAGUCAAAGUUAUAUUUGAUGAUUUUGGUUCUAAUGGUCAACUAACAUUUCGUCAAUUUGUUAAUUUUAUGAGUACAUUUGUUCAAUGUGAACGUGGUCGUCAUAAUCAACGACGUCCUUCAGCAUUUCAAGCAGUAAUGUCAACGACAAAAACUGAUCUUGAAUCAAUUAAAUAUUGUCCAGGUGAUUCAGCAAAAAUACGUAAAAUGAAAUUUAUAUUUCGUAUGUAUGAUGUUGAUCAUGAUGGACGCUUAUCCAAAGAAGAUGUACAAGAAAUCUUAAAAAUGAUGGUUGGCAAAAUUAGUGAUGAAGAAGCAUCACUUAUAGCUGAAAAAGUUAUUGGAGAAUUUACGGAAAAUCAACCUUUUUCAACAGUUACACUUGAAACGUUUGAAGAAACUCUCAAAACACUUGAUUUUAACGAUAAAAUGAGUUUAAAACUAUUAAAAUAA